AUGGGGGCAGAAUGACCGGGUCGGCCAAGAGGACCCGGUUCAUUCCGGAGGGAGCUGGAGUACUUCGGAAAAGUCUUCCCUGAUAACAGCUCGUUGGUGGGAUUUUACCAGGCGGAGAACACGCACUACACACACACACACACACACACACACACACACACACACACACACACACACACACACACACACACACACACACACACACACACACACACACACACACAAACACACUGUACACAGUGGACCGACACACAUACACACACACUACAAAUUGUACACACACACACACACAUCGACAGACACACACACACGCGGCCGGGCAUGCAGGUGCGGGCUGAGAAUGCAUCAGUAGUGGAUGUUCCCUGAUCAGAAGAGCCUUCACUGGUAAGUCAUGCUCUCCGUCGCUGGGAAGGCCCUCAGGGUCUCUGGAUGCCCCAAGAACGCACGUUUUAUAGCAACCGUUGUCUCUGGCAACAAGACGUCCAAGCUGGUGCGUGAAAGACUUCAGAAGGAGGUCUGUAAGAUGCAGGAGCUGGAGCCCGGCUUCAGACCAGGUCUGGUGGUUCUACAGGUGGGCGACCGAAGCGACUCCAACCUGUACAUCAGCAUGAAGCUAAAGGCCGCAGCUGAGAUCGGAAUCGACGCCAGACACAUCCGUCUGCCAACCACUGCCUCUGAGGACGAGGUCCUCCACAACAUCCAGAGCAUCAACGAGGACGCGCGGGUGCACGGGCUGAUCGUCCAGCUGCCCCUGGACUCCAUCCGGCCCAUCGACAGCGGCCGUGUCACCGACGCCGUGUCCCCCCACAAGGACGUAGACGGCCUUAGCAGUAUAAAUGCUGGGAAGCUGUCUCGUGGAGACCUGAAAAACUGCUUCAUCCCCUGCACUCCCAAUGGCUGCAUGGAGCUCAUCAGUCAGACAGGCGUGUCCGUCGCAGGGAAGCAUGCGGUGGUGGUCGGUCGCAGUAAGAUCGUUGGAGCGCCCAUGCAUGACCUUCUGCUAUGGAACCAUGCGACCGUCACUACUUGUCACUCACAAACAAGCAACCUAGCUGAACAGGUCGGUCGAGCGGACAUCCUGGUGGUGGGAGCAGGGAAGCCAGAGAUGGUGAGAGGAGAGUGGGUGAAGGAAGGGGCCGUCGUCAUCGACUGUGGGAUCAACUACGUGGCGGACGAGACAAAACCAGGCGGGACACGGGUGGUGGGUGACGUUCACUACCCGACAGCCAAUCAGAGAGCUUCUUUCAUCACACCUGUACCCGGGGGGGUGGGUCCUAUGACGGUGGCCAUGCUCAUGAAGAACACAGUUCAGAGUGCAUGGAGAUUCCUGCAGAGCCAGAGGUCAGACGGCUGAUGGAUCUUUAGGACAACAGAACCGUGGAGCAACAAUCAACUCUGAAACAACACAACCCUCAACAUGGAACAGAAGCAUCAACAACUUUUGUAACAACGGAACCAUUGAGCUGAAAGAACGGAACCAUGAGCUCUGAAACAACGGAACCAUGAGCUCUGAAUCACAGAACAGGGGAUACCUGAAUGUCCCCAAGGGGAUGAAUAAAGUAUAAUCUUUCUUACUUGGACCAUCAGGAGCCAGUUAAAGCAAUCAACACACAAGUUGUGUCGGAAAAUUUUAGGAAUAGUAAUAGUUGAUGCAUAAUAAUAAAUAAUAUGGAUAAUGUUACAAAAUAAAAAUACUGUUCAA